AUGUACGGAGGAAAAUAUAGCAAGGCUGCCAAGGCAUGCAAGUUGAAACGUCUUGGACGACUCUCAUUGAAGGUCAUGCAUCACCCCAAGCUUGUGCUGAAACUAGAGCCCGACUUCAAUGGCUUGGCUACACAUGCGAGACUGGCAUAUGAUGUUCAAAUUUUCCUUGGAUGGUGGACGUGUCUCAUCCCGGCUGUGGAUGAAGCGACGAUAACUUCGCUCUUGAGAAGCAGCCAUGACGGUCAACCUUUAUCGUGGCUCUGUAAACGAUGUAAGAAGCGGAGUGAUGGGGAUCACGGCAGCGUAUCCAUCAACUCUGCCCAAUCAAACGCGAACAUGACGAACACAUCCACCACCACACCAGGCCCAUCCCGCAAUUCCGACCCACCCAUCGAACUCUCAGAUGACGAUAUCAUGGAAAUCGACGGACCAUCUACAUCCACAUCCAUGAACCAACCAUCGCGCACGAAAUCACCCACGAAAUCACCCACAAAGCCACCACUGUCAUCAUCGAAAAGGAAUACACCUUCGAUAGCUCCGCCACCCGAAACUAUCACGAUAUCCUCCGGCUCAGAGGCAGACUCGGACUCGGACGACAUCGUCGAGAUCAGCUCGACUCCGGAUCCCAGACCUGCUAGCGUCCCAGCUCAAAGUCAGAGCACCACCACACGACCGUCACAGUCAAAUGGGCAUGCUGCUGCUGCUGCUCCUAAUUUAAAGUCCUCGAAACCCACUUCCAAGACCGCUCGGUCCUCUGGUAGUACGACCUCUAUCACGCCUACUCCCGGUCCUAGUACUACUACUACCAUCCCUGCAAGAGACUCAGGACGAACCGCACCAUCACCUUCCGUAUCUACCUCUAAACCCACUCCUAAACAACUCAUCCACCCUUUACCUGCGAAACCUGAGCUAGCCUCCAACGCCAACGCCUCAGUACCGAACGCUUUCAAACCGUACUCUCGUCCCGCGAAUUUCCCGAGCAGUAGUACUGCUGGGACAUCAUCUGAAUCGACGCGCUCGUCUUCGCAUACAAACACAACCACAAGCACAAACUCACAACCUCGACCUCGACCGCCUCCGCGUACGAAAGAUCAUGUACCAGUAGCGUCGGGCUCGGGCUCUGGGACUCGGAAUUCCAGCUCCACUUCCGCUGCGUCCAGCGGUGGCCCUGUGGCUUCCUCAUCCCAAAUCCCGGCACAGAGGCAGAAUCGCCCUGGAGUAAGCGGGGAUCGUCGUCGGAUAGUGAGAUCGAAUACGGAUCAGAAUGUGAAUGGUAUUAACCGUCCGGCCGUGACUCCCCCAAGAUCCCGACCUCAAAGCGCCCACAUGCCCACUACCACUACCACCAUCACCUCCUCCUCACCCACAGUCGUCCCAGACUCGACCGAACGGCCCGGACCGUCCACUCACAACCACAAACACCAACACAAACGCACAGAAUCGACCCCAGACCUUCAUCGAAAUUCAAUGCCCCCUCCCCCUCUCCCCCUUCCACCCUCUACAUCCAAUAAACUCCUCCCGAACGGAAAUCCCGAUUUUCGUGGUAUCCUCAAGGCUCAGGCCGAAGCCAAAGCACGGCUGGCAGCGAAGUCGGGUGGCGCACUCGAAGAACCGCCGUCAGAUGAUUAUGAUACAUCCGUACAGUCUAGAGCUAGACCUGUAUCGCGGACAGGCUCAACCUCAACUGCGGAGGGGAAAUCACGACUGAAAUCCGCUUCGAGUCUUAAGCCGGCUCCGUCGUCGUCGAGGAACAAUUUCGCCUACCGAGCAUCUUCCUCCAGCGACAUCGACAUCGAAAUCUCCGAUUCCGACAAGGAUGCCGACGUCGAUGUGGAUGUAGACGAUGAUAUGAUAAUCGACAGCGACGAAGACGACCAUCCCAAACUCCAACCUCCAGCUCACAUCCAACCCGCACCACCCACACCCACAUCCGCCAACGCCACCACAACCACAACCACCACCAAUGCGAAUGAAGACUCAGACUCAGACGACGACCUCUACGGCAACGCUCCUCCCCGCGCACGUUCCAUCCCUCCGGAAGCCUGGGGCACACCUCCCCGUCGCGGUUUCGUUGCCCGCUCAUUUCCAUCGACGAAUCACCCGCCCCCACUCCCCACGCCCGCUCCCACUCCCGGUCCGAGCGCGAACUCGAACUCGAGGCUCCCAGCGAAACGGGCCGGACCCCCUCUUGCCCGGAAUCAUCAUGCCCAAUCCCACUCGCGAACGCUCAAUCAACGGCCACAGCCAAAGCCACAAACGCGCCCCGGGUCCCGGCCGCAAACGAUCCAAAGCUUACUCUGCAUGCAUCAAUCCCAAACGCGGGAAAACGCCGUCUGGGAACGUAUGAACGCCGCGAAUGCCGAUUCAACUCGAGGUGCAGGUCAAGAUCAGGGCCCAGGGCGAAGGUUGGCGAGAAAAGGACGAGCGAAGAAGUUGAGUAAGAGUGAUGUCGUGAUGAGGGAGGGGAAUGCGCGGGAUGUUGGAGAGAGGCAGAGGGCGCCGGGGGAUAGAGGGAGGAAGAGGAGUGGUGGGAGGCCGGGGUUGUGUUUGAGGUGGGCUCCUUCCCGAUUCUUUUGUCCGUCCGUCCUUCAAGCUUCAGCUUCAUUUGCGAGCAACCGUUCUGAUGCCUCCGCUAUUCGAACUUGCAGCUCCCGAAUCCUCAUAUCCGUCCUCUUGUGA